UCGACCAAUAGCAUCACAGUUCAGAAGUCACCACAUACCGGAAGUUGCUGCUUGCAUCUUCUGGUACAGCUAGCCACUUCAUAGCAAAGCCUUUCUUUUAAUUUGUUUGUAAAUUGUCACCUUGCCAACGGCUAAGAGGAUUAAGGAGGAUUUCAUCAGCAGUAAAUAUGACUUCGUGAUAGUCAGAGUUAUGCGUUUCGCCGGAAUAGCCCCAGAGGAGGAGCAUAAGCCAACGUAAACCUACCAGGAAGGUUGAGCCACAAGCACAUCCUGGACAGAAUGAGUGCUAAAUAUGGCCUGGUAGGGCACAACAGUUCACGGAAGCACGUUUCAAUAUCCAUUCCAUCAUCCACAGAGGCGAUGUCCCCUCAUAUAAAAUCUGUGGAGGAACUGAGGGUUCUGGGAAUCAGCCUCAGCAAUUUCAGCGGCCCCACACAGUUCUUCAUCUGUGUGGCUGGAGUCUUCCUCUUUUACCUCAUUUAUGGCUAUCUACAGGAGCUAAUAUUUUCUGUGGAGGGGUUCAAGCCCUUUGCUUGGUACCUCACUCUUGUCCAGUUUGGUUUGUACUCUGUAUUUGGACUCGUGGAGCUUCAGUUCACACAAGACAAACGCAGAAGGAUCCCCGGGAAGACAUACAUGAUCCUUGCAUUUCUAACAGUGGGCACCAUUGGUCUUUCUAACUCCUCUCUGGGUUACUUGAACUACCCAACACAGGUCAUCUUUAAGUGCUGUAAACUCAUUCCUGUCAUGAUUGGAGGAGUAUUUGUACAAGGUAAACGCUAUAAUGUGGCUGAGGUGUCUGCUGCUGUCUGCAUGAGUUUCGGGCUUAUCUGGUUCACGCUUGCUGACAGCAAAGUGGCACCCAACUUUAAUGUCACAGGGGUUCUCCUCAUUUCCCUGGCACUGUGUGCAGAUGCUGCUAUUGGAAAUGUACAGGAGAAAGCCAUGAAACUUCAUAAUGGCUCCAAUUCUGAAAUGGUGCUCUACUCGUACUCCAUCGGCUUUGUGUACAUACUGACAGGGCUGCUCUGUGUGGGUGGGCUGGGACCAGCUGUGGCUUUCUUCUCAGAGGACCCUCUGAAGACGUAUGGUUAUGCAUUCUUUUUCUCUCUUUCUGGUUUUUUGGGCAUCUCCUUUGUGUUGGCCUUGAUUAAGCUGUUUGAUGCUCUGGUUGCAGUUACAGUGACCACAGGGCGGAAAGCCAUAUCAAUUGUAUUUUCCUUCAUGUUGUUCACCAAACCCUUCACUUUUCAGUACAUCUGGGGCGGCCUUCUGGUGCUCUUUGGCAUCUUCCUGAAUGUUUACAAUAAAAACCGUGAGAAAAUGAAGCUUCCCUCAAUCAAGGACCUCAGGAGCUGGCUGCUGAAUGGAAAGAAAGCCCGACUUCUCUCACACAACGUAUGAGGCACCCAUGGGUGGAUCCGAUCACAGGCUUUGGGCCGGAUACGAUCAACAUAGAGCAAAGGAUGUGUGUUCUUUUUCCACCAAUCAGCCUCACAUGCCCAAUGACUGAACUACGACACCUGAUGGAAUUUUGGGGCUCUCUCUAGCAGAAGACAACUGAUACAGACUGAAACUGCCCCAAACUGAAGGGUCUGGUGGUAUAAGAAGGGAUUAGUGGCUGGUGGGCUGUUUUUGAACCCAUGCCAGCAAAUUGCCAAUGUGGACAACAACACUGAAGACUCACAAAAGGGAAGCCAUUGACCAAAUCAGUUUUGCACUGGAAAUUUGUGAAAAAGCCGGAAGGAAAGUGUGUGUACGAAGUGACUGUUUGCGCCCCACCUCAACGGAACUACAUUGUACUUUACGUACCAUUAAAUGGCUACGUGCCAGAAAAACAGCAAGAUUUGUUUUAAACGUUUUUCAAAUAUGAAGAAUUUGCUCUCUGAAUUAUCAAAUGUUGUGAUUUUGGAGUGUUCUAUUCAGCUGCCACAAUCUGCUUUCCAUAAGUGUUUGGUUGAAGGCAUUCCAUUCGUUUUUUUUUUUUUUUUACAAUAAAACAAUCUCAAGAUGUUGUAUUGUUAGAACGAGUCUUAUCAUUUAUGGGUCCUAGAAUCUGUGACUUUGCACUCACCAACGUAUUAGGUACCGUCAUGUCCAUAAAUAUUGGGACAGCGAUACAAUUCUCAUCAUUUUGGCUCUAAGCACCACCACAGUGGAUUUGAAAUGAAAUGAACAAAAUGUUUUAAAGCAAGAGUAACUAUCUUUUGUUUUAAAAAAAAAAAAAAAAUGGUUUUUUUUACACCCGAGCCAAAACUAGAGAUGACAAUGCUGAUCAGCUCCUAACAUCUUGCUAUAGUUUUCACUAUUUUAUUUUUUUAUAUUUACUAACUGCCGUAGUUAUUCCCGCACUGGCUCACUUGGUGGCCCACCAAAUGAUGUCGUGGAAAUGGCGCAUUUUAUCGAGCAGUCAGU